UGAAAAGGGUCGAAAGUCGCAUUGUAUUGCGCCGCUCCGUAGCUUGCCAUUCUGCAAUUCGACCGACGCCAUGUCCAAGCAAAGCUGCGCGUUGUGCUGCUCGAUGCUCUCGGCCUUUGGUGUCAUCUUCCUCGGGCUCCUCGGCUUCCUCAUGCAGAGCCAGCCGCAGUACAUCAAGAGCCUCGGGAAGGACGUGACGGCCGGCCCCGUGUACAACACUGCCAUCGUGUACGCCGGCGUGUUUGCGGCGUCGAUUGCCGUCUACUUUGUCGAGGCCCGCAAGACCGACAAUGGCAGCUCGGCGUACGAGCAUCUGCAGAUGAGCGAGCGCGUCGAAGGCGUCACGAACGAGAAGACGCCGCUUUUGAGUAGGUAACUCGUCGGCGCGCCGCGGCAAGCUCCUUCGCGUCGCUGACCUUCUGUAGAUGAGGACGAAUAGCUGGCUACGUACUUAUAUAAGCGAUUUCGUUUCGUCCGCGUCCGCCCUUGUCGUACCCGCGUUUUUGAAUACCACGACCUCCUUGACCCUGUGUGUUGUCUCGUGUCCCACGCAGCAUUCGCCUCGCCCCUCUUGCCGCCGUCGACCGCGUCGCCAUCACUUGACAUGUCGCUACUGCAUGUCUCCGCAGGCCGCACCCAAGUAUGGCCUUCCGCCACUGGCCACUCCGUCGCCACGGGCAGGCUCGUCGGUUGCCCAGUCAGCACUUGGGCAUCCUUGACACUGCUGAGUUGUGCGACGACCGCGUACGUUGACCCUUCAUUGGCCCUCGAUCGCUUCGACGCUUGGCACAGCUGCCCAGCCUCUUCCGACGCCAUCACGAAGCCAGAAACUACAGCUUAGACGAAAGGGCAAGGCUCACUCAUCUCAGUCGUGCCAGCAUCUGCGCUGUACGUAGUCGUGGCGGUAUUGAUUGCAGUGCUUGGACACGUAAAGAUCAUAUUCUGUUUGCUAAUAGAUAGUCGUUGGUGG